AUGGCUGCCUCCACUGUAGUGGCAUUGCUUGCCGCGGCGCCGCUUUUGCCCGUCAUUUUCCUGUUGCUUACUCGAUUGGCCCUGCGCGCGUUAGGCUGGUUUCUGCAAGGGAAAACCAGGGAGAGGAAGGCGGCAAUCAUUGCAAAGAUCCAGCGAGACAGAGCUGCGGUACAGGAGAGGCAACAGGUUCCCCAAGAAGUCGAAGAGGGAUGGGAGAGCAUCGAGAACGUGGGCACUGCUGAAAACGGGGAGUCUCUGCAGGAUGACUGGACCGGGGUGGUCGGCUUCUUCCACCCAUUCUGCAAUGCUGGAGGGGGUGGUGAAAGAGUGCUGUGGGCCGCAAUCGCGGCGACUCAGAAGCGCUGGCCUCGUGCUAUCUGUGCUGUCUAUACCGGCGACCACGAUAUUGACCGGGGCGUCGUGGUAGCUACGGUGAAGGAUCGCUUUGGGAUUGCCCUUCAAGAACAUUCUUUGGUCUUUUUAUAUCUAUCUAGACGCCACUUCGUUCUCGCCAGUACCUAUCCGCACUUUACGUUGCUGGGACAGUCUCUGGGUUCUCUGAUCCUGGCUUACGAUGCCUUUCAGCUCAUGGUGCCCGACAUUUUCAUCGACACCAUGGGCUAUGCGUUUGCUGUGGCGUUCUGCAAGUCUCUGUUUCCAAGAGUACCUACCGCAGCGUAUGUGCACUAUCCAACCAUUUCGACCGAUAUGCUCGAAAGUCUCGACGACACAACCGGUCAGCGUGGUAUUCAUUCUGGCGCAGGCACAGGCUGGAAGGGAAAGGCAAAGAGGUACUACUGGACCGCCUUUGCAUGGCUUUAUGGCUGGGUGGGAAGUCAAAUCGAUGUGGUUAUGUGCAAUUCAACGUGGACCCAAGGACAUAUUCGGCAGCUUUGGAAACCCAGGAAUGUGUCUCCUCCUUCUACCUUUGCCGCCGUGGUAUAUCCCCCUUGUCCUGUGGAAGAGCUUGAGUCUAAAAUCCAGGUCACUGAGGAGAGUGAGAAACAACGGGAAGACAUUGUUCUCUAUAUUGCACAGUUCCGGCCUGAAAAGAACCAUUCCCUCAUCCUCCGGGCAUUUGCCCAAUACUAUCAUGCGGCAAAGAACAAACCGAGGCUUGUCCUGAUUGGUUCGGUCAGAAGCAAUACUCCGGAUGAGAAGCACAUUUACAAUCUGCGCCUGGAGGCUCGUGAACUGAAGGUCAAGGAUACCACCACCUUCAUCUGCGACGCCCCUUUCUCAGUCAUUCUAGACUAUCUCCGGAAGUCGAGUAUCACGACGAACGGCAUGUACUCGGAGCACUUUGGAAUUGGCAAUGUGGAGGGGUUGGCAGCGGGACUCAUCCCGGUCGUACACAACAGUGGCGGCCCGAAACUAGACAUCGUCAUUCCAUACGAAGGUCAGCCUACUGGCUUCCAUGCCGAAUCCGAGGAGGAAUUUGCCGCUGCCUUUCAGCGCGUCGCCUCCCUAGAGCCACAGGAACGGCUCGCCAUGCGAUUGAGAGGGCGGAAAAGCGCAAGACGGUUCACCGAGGCAGCCUUCGCCCAAAGAUGGACUGAGGAGAUGGAAAAGCUUGUCAGGAUGCAGGCUUCUUGA